UCUGCAGGUGCAUCAAUGCUCACUGAUUUAGUAUUUUGGAUGAUUCUGUUUCCAUUUCUAAAUUCGAUACCGUACGGUGUCGAUUUGAUGCUUAUUAUCUGUAUGCACUCUGUCAAUGCUGCUUUCCUACUCUGUGACUCAAUUUUGAAUUGCAUGCGGUUCCCAUUUUUCCGAAUUGCAUAUUUUUUCUUAUGGACCAGCAUCUUCGUUAUAUUCCAAUGGCUCGUCCAUGCUUAUUAUAACCUUUGGUGGCCAUAUCCAUUCCUUGACUUGACACCGUUUUAUGCUCCGUUCUGGUACCUUGCAGUCGGAACGAUGCACUUACCGGCCUAUGGCGCAUUUGCUUUUGUAGUUAAAUUCAAAGAAUUUUCUUUCUCAAGGUUGUUCCCUGACUCCUACCGGAAACUCACGUAAAAUAUAGGUGAUCAUCGGUGUAGAAAUUCUGGGCUAACACCGACAGCUACUGUAUUCAAUUAGCUAGCAGGAAGAGUACAAAAACUUGGUGUUCAUGAAAUUGCAAGCUGUAGAA